AGUCCCGGCGCCCCGGUGCCCGGCGGGGGCCGGCGGCGAGCGUGCCAUGCGGGGCUCCCCCCCCGCGGCGGCGGCGGCGGCGGGGCGGGAGGGCGGCGGCGCCCCAUGCGGCCGGGGCGGCCGGGCGGCGGCUGACACCAUGUGCGCCCGGUGCCCGGGGCGAGGAGCGGGGAGCAGCCAUGUCCCCCCCCGCCCAGCCGGGGGUGCCGGGCGGGCGCGGCUCUAAGGUGCCCCCGGCGCGGAAGCUGCUCUGCAUGUGCAGCCUCUCGCUCUGCCUCACCUACCUGUGCUACAGCCUCAUGGGGGGCGCCGGCCCGGCCGCCCUGCGCUCCCCGGCCGCGCUGCCCGGCACGGCGGCCCCCGCGGCCCCGCGCUCCCCGGCCGCGCCGCCCGGCUCGGCGGCCCCGCGCUCCGCCGGCAGCCCUCGGGCCGGCACCGGAGCCCCCGCCGCCCCCGCCGCCUCCGCCGCCCCGACGCGAGCCGCCAACGGCAGCCGGGAAGCGGCGGCGGCGGGCGCCUGGCCGCGGACGCCGCUGGCCCCCGGGGAGGCGAUCGCGGCGCAGAGCGGAGCCUUCGAGAGGGACCCGCAGGAGUCCAGCACCACGGACGAGGAGCUGAGCCGGGCCGGCAGCCCGGGCAGCCGCGGCGGCAGCAGCAGCACCACGCCGGACUACGGCGAGAAGCGGCUGCCGCAAGCCCUCAUCAUCGGGGUGAAGAAGGGCGGCACACGGGCGCUGCUGGAGGCCAUCCGCGCGCACCCCGACGUGCGCGCCGUGGGCACCGAGCCCCACUUCUUCGACAGGAACUACGAGAAGGGGCUCGAGUGGUACAGGAACGUGAUGCCCAAGACCCUGGAUGGGCAGAUCACCAUGGAGAAGACCCCCAGCUAUUUCGUGACCAACGAGGCCCCUCGGCGCAUUCACUCCAUGGCCAAGGACACGAAGCUGAUCGUGGUGGUGAGGAACCCGGUCACCCGCGCCAUCUCGGACUACACGCAGACGCUCUCCAAGAAGCCAGAGAUCCCCACCUUUGAGGUGCUGGCCUUCAAGAACCGGACCCUGGGGCUGAUCGAUGCCUCCUGGAGUGCCAUCCGCAUUGGCAUCUACGCACUGCACCUGGAGAACUGGCUCCAAUAUUUCCCUCUGUCCCAGAUCCUCUUUGUCAGUGGCGAGAGGCUCAUCACUGACCCAGCUGGGGAGAUGGCCAAGGUCCAGGAUUUUUUAGGCCUCAAGAGGAUUGUGACAGAGAAACACUUUUAUUUUAAUAAAACCAAGGGGUUCCCCUGUCUAAAGAAGCCAGAAGACAGUAGUGCUCCCCGGUGCUUGGGAAAGUCCAAGGGUCGAACUCACCCCAAAAUAGACCCUGACGUCAUCCACAGACUGCGGAAGUUUUACAAACCAUUCAAUGUCAUGUUUUACCAAAUGACAGGCCAAGAUUUCAAGUGGGAGCAAGAAGAAAGUGAUAAGUAGAACCAAGAAAUCAGGAGAAAAGCUCUUCUGUUUUGAGAUGUGAAUCAUCAUUAGAGACCCAAAACUCACCCAGGGCUAAAGGCUCAGUCUCAUAAGCGCAAGAGUCUUGCGUGGUUAAGGUUGCAGCCAGAGGUGAACAGCAUUUCCAGGUCUGAAACGUCAGUGACACAUCACCUCCAGGUUGCAUUUAGGCCUGGGCUCUCCCCUCCUGAGGGAUCAGGGAGUGGGUGGGAGGAGGAGAAGGUGGAGAGAGCAAAGCUCCUUGAGAUGAUGGGAUGCUUCAUGUCCACGUUCUGCUGCUGGUGUGUUCCUUGUGGCCAGGCAGGCGGGACCAGCACGUCCCGCUGCCACUUGCUGAGCAUGAAGGUGGUAUAUAAAAUCCAGCAGCAGCAAGACAAACCAAUAGAUUCAAUUUCUCCUGCCCUGGCUUAAGGUUUUGGUCAAGCAGCAGCAUGAGAUCUGGUAAAUUCAGGAUGUGCAUUCACAUGCACGCUGGUAUUUGUGUGGGGAAGGAAUAAAGCCAGUUAUGCUGCAAAGGAACUAUGUACAGAAACUUCAUUUGCACCAGAUGUUCCAAUUACUUGUUGCACUAAAACUAGUAUUUACCAAGUGCCACAAAAUCCUGGGCCCGAUUCUCCUCUCACUGACGGCUGUAACUCCACUGGCAGAAGAGAAUUGUUCUGAUUUAUGGGGAUGCUCAGUAAGAUCAGAAUCGGGGCCUUCUCCCUGCCCCUGUUCUUCUCUGCCAAACCACAUCCUGAGGUCAUUCACAGAGCACCUGCUGGCUGGGCUGUGGGCGCCGUGCGGUGUCCCGGCCAGUGGUUUGGUGCUCCCGGUGGGAUCCCAGGCUGUCACUGCAGGGCACAGGUGUUGGGGACGGCUUUGUCAUCACAGCACAGCUCUGGCCAUCGGGGCCCGGGGACUGCGGUACUUUUGCACCUUGCACAUCAGAUCCCUGCUGCUUGCUGCUGACAAUGGGGUUUGCAUAAUCCUGAAGCAGCCUUCAUCUCUACUUCAGAAUCUGUUACAAAAAAGCAAUUAAUUCCCAGGGUGAGCACUGCUCUGCACAACAUAUGUGUGUUUUCUAAUGGAAAUGACCGAGUCAUAUGCUCAACCAAAUUUGCAAGUCCUGGUAGCAACUAUAAAAUAAACCCAUAUCACAAGUGAAUCCUCCAGCAAUGUGAUGCAAGCUGCAUGCUGGGAACAGUGGAGAGCAAGACAACAGCACUUCGAAGCAGCCACUGUUUUACGUGUCCAUUAUUGAGAGAAAAAAAAACAGAGAGGGAACAAAAAAACUGCAGAGCUACCAUUGUGGAAGUGUUCCCUUCGUGUGGGUGAUUACUAAGGCCACUCAAAUAUUGCUAGCUACUCUCUUUUUACAAGUGGUCUUAGGACAAGUGUGGCUGUUGUGCAUCUCCCACUGCCUCACAGAUGCCAGGUCCCUGGCUGUUCGGAAGCAGCAGAGAUGCAGUAUGAGGUUGCUUUAGGAGGACCAAGACUCAAUUUUGGUAAAGGUGAGGAGAAAACCCUAUUGAUCCAAUUAACCAAAUGAAAUUAUUGUUACAUUAGGUAAUGAGCUGAACCUGCUUUGGGUUUCACGCUCUGUCACGUGGUUCAUUGCACUAUAAAGUGGUGCUGGUGCCUUGGACUGAGUGAAGGAAGAGUUGAAUUCGUUUUGAAAAUUUGCACCAUGGCCUGUUCUGGAGGGGCAUCACAAAACUCCCUGCUAAAUUGAUAUCAGUUCCUAUCACCCCAAUUAGAUUUAAAAACAGUUCCUGACAUAACUUUUUUUUUUUACAGAUCCUCAAAUCCCCAGAUUGUUACAUGAAAAUUGGAAGUAUAUAAUAGGAAUAACUUUACGGUAUUUCACAUGUAUUAAGAUGCCAUGUCAUCUCCUAAGUGAAAGCUGCUGUAACACGAUUUGCUGCAAGCUGACCGGUGAAUUCAGCUGGAGGACUAGGGCUUUAUUUUGAGGCCCAGCAGCCAGAAAUCUCCCCUCUUCCUGCUGCGCUGCAACCUUGAAGCCAGGGUGGGUGCAGGCUGAUGGCGUGAGUGGAGUCUUUCAGCAGCUCUCGUGGCCCAGCGCCCAGCUGGGCUGUCAGUCCUCACUGCUGCUGGAGGCUGCUGCGCACCGUGGUCCCGCUCACUGCAUCGGCUGUACGGGUUGGUGGCUGUUCGUAACCGUGGCUGCUGGUGGCUGAUGGCACAGCACCGCGCAUCUGCCCCGAGGCCAAAGCUUGGACUCUCUCAGCCCCAUCUGCAGCUUCAUCUGGAGCAAGGUCUCUGAGUGAGGUCUUUUUGAGCUUGUGCGAGCCCCUGGGAACACUGACCCCAACCCACCAGGUUUCCUGCACACCCCGGCCCUUGCUGUGCUCUGGGCAUUGUGCCGUGGCUCCGGGGCAGCUCAGACUGGCUUCUUUCAGGAACAGGCUUCUGGCCCGAUUGCCACCGAGCUGCCAUCACACCUCUCAUCAUGCCUGUUGCUGGAGGGAAAGGAGAUCUGAAAAUGUGUGUUUGCCUGAGAAUUAUGACCCAAUGAAGCACCCAGUUAGGGAAUUCAUCUGGCUUGUGGCUGGGCCUGCGAGGAGCUUCCAUUUUGCACUCGGAUGAAGGACAAUCACCCCCAUCACUUGGUGAGUUCUCCAGAGCUGCGAGAAGCCCCAGCACAGGGCACAGCUGAGCUCUGUGCCCUUUCCCUGACACAGCGAGGGCUCACCAAGGGGAGUGGGGCAGGGAGCAGGUGGCGCUGCAAUGAACCAUGCCCCACCGCACGUUCCUGCCCCUGUUCUGGAUCCUCAUUCUUUUUGCCAUAUAUGCAGAGGUUUAUUUUUUAUAUCGCUGCAAUCUCAAGCUUGAGCAGAGAUGCUAAACAGCCAGGAGCAGCCCCACUCCCUGCAUGUGAGCAGCUGGGAUUACAAGUGGCACAGGGAGGGCUCCCUGGGGUGUGGGGUUUUGUUCUGUUUUCUGAGACAUAACCCCACCUGUGGCCCUUGUCUGCCAUGUGAGGGGCUGUGUCUGCAUUGCUAAUGCAGCACUUUGACAGAGGAAUUAUUUUCUAUCUGGCCAGAGAGUGGCCUGCCAAAAGAGAGAGUCGGGUUAAUAAUACUUUCUUUUUUUUUUUUUUUUUUUUUUUUCCAACUAUUCAAAUGUCAGCAUUACAAUACACAGGAAAUUGAAUUUUGUAUUUGAUUUCAAUUAGCAAAGCAUAAAUUAUAUUUAAUUUUAUACACAGACUGGGUGAUUCAUUGUUCUGGAAAAGCUGGUACUUUAUGGUUCAGAGACUGAAAAUGGAGAGUUAGUCUUUUCUGAAACCCCACUGCUGUGCUGUCACCUCGUCCCAAAUACGUCUCUGUCUGUCUGUGUCAUUCUGUACCUGAACAAUAUGAACAUCUUGAACCGCACACUUGAACCCACAACUCUAAACAAUAAAACGUUGUAGCAGCUGCA